AUGUCGUUAUAUCUUCAUGACUUGGGUCCAGAGGCGGUGUCGUAUCGACAUCUACUCGAUGAAGUGAAGCGUCAACUUGACAUUACGUACGAUGAAUUUGACUGCUGGCUUUAUGGAUUUUUGGAGAACAAAAAAUAUAACAUCCGGGAGACGGUUGCAAAAUUACAACGUCGAUUUGCAAUGGAAGUCAACGAAUUGGCGACGUACACUCUUACGGAUUACAUGCAGGAGUCAUUACGCUCUGGCAUUGUUCAGUUUGUUGGGGAGGAUAAAUUGGGGCGCACGGUGCUUUACGUUAUGGCCCAAAGGGACCACCCGGUUUCAUCACGCCGAGAAGAAAAUAAACGCACUUUUGACAUGAUGUUGAGCUACGGGACACGUCUUCGCGCUGACAGCAAGCGGUGCCAAAUGGUGAUGCUCAUCAACCAAGAAAAGGCCAGCUUGUGGAGCAAUGUGGACAUGACAUUCAGGCGA